AUCAAGGUUACAAACUAUACGAGAACGUAAUCAGCCAGUGUUCACGAGAGAAAGUAUUGCUAUUGCGUGUCUUUAGCAAAGUGAAUAAGUGAAAGUUAUUAUUCAUUCGCUUUACGCAAAAUAAACUUUUGAAUUCAUAACAAUCGCGAUGGAGCGUUGGGUGGGUAAGACGGCUGUGGUGACGGGUGCGAGUUCCGGCAUCGGAGCAGCCAUCGCUGUUCAACUCGCCAACGCUGGUGUACGCGUCGUGGGUCUAGCCAGGAGAUCGCAUCUUGUUGAGGAACUACAAGCUCAAGUGCGCGGCAGCGGUCCCAUCCACGGGCGACAAUGCGACGUGACCAAGCUGGAGGAUGUGGCGGCAGCCUUCCAGUGGGCGGAAGACUGUUUCGGUUGCAUUCACAUUCUUGUGAACAACGCCGGAGUGUUCAUCAGUGGAAACAUUACUGACUUAGCUGAAGGCCAAUUGAGUGACGCACAGAUCCUCAGCGUGAUGGACACAAACGUCCGAGCGACGAUCAUGUGCACCCGCCACGCGAUCUCCUCAAUGAAGAAACACCACUUUGACGGGCACGUCGUCAAUAUAAAUAGUAUCGCCGGCCAUUACAUACCGUUCGCUAAUUUCAACGUAUACUCGAGUAGCAAGUACACCAUCACAGCAUUCACGCAGUCACUACUCACUGAGCUCGCAAAUCUGAAGAGCGGUAUUAGGAUUACCAGUAUAUCCCCUGGGUUGGUGGACACAGCCAUGGCCGGCGGUGUCCAGAACAUGCCCAUGCUGAAGCCGGCAGACGUCGCUGAUGCAGUGCUGUACGCGAUCUCCGCACCACCCACAGUUAAUAUUAGCGAGCUAACUAUACAGCCGACGAGUGAAAAGAGAUUGUAGAAAAGGAUCUUUACGAAGAAAAAUAAUAACUCCAAAUAUUUACGUAUUCUAUAGAAAUGGAGAAGUUUACAUGCAGCCGACGAUGGUGUCGAGAGUCGACGAGAGAUUUAUUUUUUAUACAAAGGAUCGGCAACGGAUCAGCACCGGAUCAGUACCGUAUACUUUUACGAUAUUCUUAAAAUCAAUAAUAAAAUCGAUGUAGCGUGAACUUAAUCUAGUCCUGUCCUACCCAGUAUAGGUACCUACUAUGUUUAUGUGCCCAACACUCUACGGUGUUUAAACUAUGUAACUUAGACGGACGAAUAUAAUGAUCAUUACUCAAGCACGAUCGAAACUGACCAAUUCGUAAUCGUGUCGCCAUCUUUAAAUUUUUCAUGGAAGGCGCUGCUUAGUUCCCAUAGAAACAUUGGCGAUGGUGAUCGGAACUGUCAAAUUUCGUGCUUGGGCCUCAAAGGCUGUACGAGUUGCGCCUCGAUUUAACUUUACUAUUGCGUUUGUGAUUACGUCGUCGUAAAAAUUUUCGAUGACGAUACGAAUAUUUUUUCGCUCGUUGUUCGUGCUAGGGGUGCAGGUUAUAUUGAAAUUCAAAUUUAAU